AUGAUAGAACGCUCUCGAGACGAUUUAUACUCUACUGGUCCUAUCACUCCAGAUCGAAGCGAAAAAAUAAAUGCCAAAUGCAAAAUCUUAGGUUUUAUUACAGGUGAACAAUAUGACCAAUAAAAAUUUGUUCCUCUUCGAUCAUUAUUACCGAUUUCAAUUGAUAAACUUAAUUCUAUAAUAAUCAACCUUAUUUCAAGUAAUUGUUUCAAGUAAAACUAGUUAUUUUGGAAAUAGUAAAACGAGAUAAAGCAACUCCAAAUAUAAACCUAGACAAUAUAAUGAUGUUAAAGGGUGAUUUAACUAUGCCUUUUAUAUUCAGUUAUUAGAAUAAAACUACUGCUCGUUAGUGCGAGUAAAGUUUACUGAAACAAUUUUCUUUAUUAUGUAUUUCUAUUAGUUUUUAUUGUAGGCAAAUAAUUGGGAUUUCACAAAGAUAUAAUUAGAUGUGAUAGUCUACAAAACUUUCAAGAAACCUUACUGAGAAAUAUUGGCUUUGAGUAGUCAGAAUUUGAAAAAAACUGCAGAAUAAUCAAAAAAGUUUUAAACAUUGAAGAAAAUAUAGACACAAACUAUAGAAAUAAAUUUACUGAAUUGUAUCCAAUAAAUGCUCCGAAAUAUAUUUUAAACGCUCCAAAUUCAGAUUAAAUUGCUUUAAAAUUAGGCUAUUAAAAUAGAGAAGUUUAUGAAUUGCGGGAAGUGGAAAUUAUAGAAGACUUUGAAAACAAUCAUCUUCCAAAUUUAUAUGGAUACAUUAGAUAUUCAGAUAUCCUUGUUCUCUUUAUGAAGAAACAUGAUUGGACAUUUGAAAAUAUAGCAAAUAAAUUUUUCAGAUAGAGAUAAAACCUUUAACCCAAACAGAUUGAGUAAGCUUUCUUAAGAUUAUUUCACCAAAUGAUACAGGCCAUAAAAUAUAUGCAUUCUGAAGGCAUUAUUCAUAGGGAUAUAAAACCAGAAAAUAUCAUGUUCGACAAAGCUUAUCCAUAACAAGACUUAUUUGAAAUCAUCAAUAAGUCUGUAAAUUGUGUGAUGAUCGAUUUUGAUAGAUCUAUUGUUAUGGAGAGUUACAACCCUAAAAAUAAUACUCAUUAUGAAGGAACUCCCUUUUUUAGACCACCUGAAGGUGAAUAAGUAGAAUAUAAUCAAACUUAUGAUAUUUGGUAGCUAGGAUUUAUGUGGUUCGUUAUUUAAAAAGAAUUUUAUCAACUAAGAGACAAUUUAUAAUAUGAAUUAUUUAAAAGUUUGGGAAAACUUUAAGCUAAUCAACAAACACAUAAUCAUGAGAUAAAAAAGGAAGUUAAUUUAUUGGAAGAAUAGUUUGAAAAAUUGAAAGUAGAAGGUAAAUUGGGAGAAUAAAAUAUGAAAAUAGUAAAUUUGAAAAUUUAGAAAAAAAAGGAUUACAAUUCUCUAAUUGAAUAAAUUGGGCUGCAAACUUCUUUUGUUCCUUAUGACUCUUCACUUCAAGAGAUAAUCCUAAAAAUGAUUCACAUAGAUCCAUAAUAAAGAGCAACUCUUGAUGAUGUAUCAAAAGUAAUUGAGAAUUUGAUAAAAAAAAUUGAAAAAUGAUUUAAACCAAGC